AUGACUGGUCAGAUUAUUGACGGUAAAAAUAUUGCUGCCGAAGUGCGUGGCGAAAUUAGGGAGCAGAUUACCAAGAUCCAGGGUGAGAAUCCUGCAUUUAAGGCGCUGUUGGCUAUUAUUCAGGUCUCUGACCGUAAGGACUCAUUGACAUAUGUUAGAAUGAAAUUGAAAGCUGCUGAAGAGGUCGGUAUUGCUACGGAGUACUUGCAUUUCAGCGAGAGUACCACGCAGGAGGAAGUGUUGCAGAGCAUCGAUCGUUUGAACGAAGAUCCAGAGGUUAAUGGUAUUAUUAUCCAACUGCCAUUGCCAAAGGGAUUCGAUGAAGAUUUGUUCACAUCUAGGGUCAAGCCAGAAAAGGAUGUUGACGGUUUUGGCAAUUAUAAUAUAGGGGAAUUGAACAAGAGAAAUGGGAAUCCAUAUUUCUUGCCUUGUACUCCAAAGGGGAUCAUCGAGUUGUUGAAGAGAUCUAAUGUAAACAUCUCGGGGACAAAGUCUUUGGUUAUAGGUAGAUCUGACAUCGUCGGCUCUCCUAUUGCUGCACUAUUGAAGGCUGAAGAUUCUACAGUGACCAUUGCCCACUCAAAGACAAAAGAUAUUCAACAAUGUUUUAAGGAUGUUGGGAUAGUCGUUGUGGCAAUUGGUAGACCAGAAUUUGUAAAAGGUGAAUGGUUCAAGGACGCAAGUCCUGAUUGUGUUGUUAUCGAUGUCGGUACCAAUUUUGUAGACGACUCUACUAAGAAAGUAGGAUUUAGAUAUGUCGGAGACGUUGAAUUUCACGAGUCGAUAAAACACGUCAAAUUGAUUACUCCAGUCCCAGGCGGUGUUGGUCCAAUGACUGUCGCAAUGUUAUUACAAAACACUUUAUUAUCAGCGCAAAGAGUUGAAAAAUUGAAUGGUAAAUUAAGACCAUUUAAAGCAUUACCUUUGCAAAAAGUUAAACCUGUUCCUUCUGAUAUUGAAAUUUCAAAAAACCAAAAACCAAAGAAAAUUAUAGAUGUUGCCUAUGAAGCUGGUAUUUUACCUUCUGAAUUAGAACCUUACGGCUCAACAAAAGCUAAGGUUAGUUUAAAGAUUUUAGAUCGUUUAAAGGAUAAAGAGAAUGGUAAAUAUAUUUUAGUCACUGGUAUAACACCUACUCCAUUAGGUGAAGGUAAAUCUACCACUACAGUAGGCUUGGCACAGGCGUUGGGUGCCCAUUUGAAUAAAACUGUCUUUGCUAAUGUUCGUCAACCAUCUAUGGGUCCAACCUUUGGUAUCAAAGGUGGCGCAGCUGGUGGUGGUUAUUCACAAGUCAUUCCAAUGGAUGAUUUCAAUUUACAUGUUACUGGUGAUAUCCACGCUAUUUCAAUGGCUAAUAACUUGUUAGCCGCUGCAAUUGAUACAAGAAUGUUCCAUGAGUCCACUCAAAAAGAUGGUCCUCUUUAUAAGCGCUUAGUACCAGCCAAAAAUGGUGUCAGAACUUUCACCCCUACUAUGCUAAGAAGAUUGAAGAAAUUGGGUAUUGAUAAGACCAAUCCGGAUGACUUAACAGAGGAAGAAAUAACUAAUUUUGCCAGAUUAAAUAUAGAUCCAGAAACAAUUACUUGGAGAAGAGUUGUCGAUUGUAAUGACAGAUUCUUAAGAGGAAUUACAGUCGGUGAAGCUCCUACUGAACGUGGCUUUACUAGAAAGACUGGGUUUGAUAUUUCUGUUGCUUCCGAAUGUAUGGCAAUUUUGGCAUUAUCUGAUUCCUUAUCGGAUAUGAGAGAGCGUUUAGGCAGGAUUGUUAUCGGUACUUCUAAAGCUGGUGUUCCAAUCACAUGUGAAGAUAUAGGAUGUGCUGGUGCCAUGACUGCUUUACUAAAAGAUGCAAUUAAACCAAAUAUUAUGCAAACUUUAGAAGGUACUCCUGUUUUUGUUCAUGCUGGUCCAUUUGCUAAUAUCUCGAUUGGUGCUAAUUCUGUAUUAUCUGAUAAAAUGGCCUUGAAAUUAGCUGGUGUAGAUCCAUCAUUACCACAGAAGACAAAGAAUGAAAAGUAUGGCUAUGUCAUUACAGAAGCUGGUUUUGAUUUAACAAUGGGUGGUGAAAGAUUUUUGAAUAUUAAAUGCAGAGCUUCUGGUCUAGUUCCUGAUGUUGUUAUUAUUGUAGCAACUGUUAGAGCAUUGAAGGUUCACGGUGGCGGUCCUGAAGUGAGGGCUGGUGCUCCAUUACCAAGUGAAUAUUUAAACGAAGAUACCGAAUUGUUAAGAAAAGGUUGUGCUAAUUUAGCUCAACAUAUUGAAAAUGCUAGACAGUACAAUUUACCAGUAGUCGUUGCAAUUAACAAAAUGUCUUCUGACACUGAUGCGGAGCAUGAAGUUAUCAGAGAAGAAUCUAUUAAGGCUGGCGCAGUUGAUGCCAUUGUUUCCAACCACUGGGAAGAAGGUGGUGAAGGUGCAAUUGAUCUAGCAAGAGGUGUUAUAAAGGCCACAGAAGAAACCAGCAACAAAGAUUUUGAAUUUUUAUACGCUACUGACGGUUUAUCAGUCGAGGAUAAAAUAACGACGAUCGCUCAAAAGAUGUAUGGUGCUAAGGAUGUUGAGUUUACAGACGUUGCACAAAAGAAGAUUGAUCUUUAUUCCAAACUUGGUUUCGGCAAUUUACCAAUCUGCAUUGCUAAAACUCAAUAUUCUUUAUCUCAUGAUGCUAACUUAAAGGGUGUUCCAAAAGACUUUACAUUUCCAAUUAGAGAUGUAAGAGCAUCAAUUGGUGCAGGUUAUCUAUACGCUUUGGCUGCUGAAAUUCAAACCAUCCCAGGUUUACCAACCCACUGUGGUUUCAUGAAUAUAGAAGUCAAUGAAGAUGGUGAAAUUGACGGCAUGUUUUAA